GACUUCUGAUCGAAGCUUUGCCCCUGUCUCCAAUGUUUGAGGGUGAAGAAGGCAAAAUGAACUUGGCGCUUGAUAGUGCUGCCAUGAGGGAGGACAGGUACUUCAUUGCAGGCAGAGCCAUUGCAGUAAGCCUUGUACAUGGUGGUCCACCAGCAGGCUUUCUGUCCCCAACACUCUUCUCUUGCCUUGUUGAUGGCCCAGAUUUGGCUAAACCAGUUUUAGAAGAUGUUGCCGAUAGUGACCUGCGUGAAAAAAUUAAAAGGGUUAAAGAGUGUAAAUCCUUUGAAGAUCUGAUAGUAGCAACUGAGCCACUUCAGGAAUACUUAGCCAAUGCUGGCUGCCUGAGGCCGCUACGGAGGCUGGAAGACAAGGAUCUGCUUAUACAUGACAUUAUCAUGUUCCAAGUAAUACACAGAGUCCGUGGUCCAUCUGAAAGGUACACCAUGCCUCCAAAGGUGACAGCAUCACAUGAAAAAUGCAGAUUUGGGACAUACACUUUUGAUGAUGUGAAUAAUCUGAAGUAA